AUUUUGAAACAUCGCAGAAAAUCCAAAGAAAAUCCAACAUGGACGAUGAGUAACCACAAAAGCGAUUUGUAGUGUUCAUUAUAAAUUAUUUACAAUUAAUUUCGUGUUGCCUUUUAUUGGUUGCUUUUUUUCAUUAAAUUAUUGAUCUUAUAAUAUGUGGCACGAAGCUCGAAGACAAGAGCGGCUAAUCCGCGGACUUAUAGUUGAUUAUCGUCGCAGAGCUGAGCGUCGAAAAGAUUUCUAUGAGAAAAUUAAAGCCGACCCGACACAAUUUCUGCAGCUACAUGGAAGGCCCUGUAAAAUACAUCUUGAUCCAGCUGUGGCAGCUGCUGGUGAAGGUCCAGCUAUUAUGAUGCCAUGGCAAGGUGAUUCAAAUAAUAUGAUAGAUAGAUUCGAUGUGCGGGCGCAUCUUGAUCACAUACCAGAUAUUAAAGCACCUGACGUCAAACCUGAAGAUCUUAGCCAAGAAGAGAGACAAUGUAACUAUGAGCGAUACAGAAUUCUUGCUCAAAACAAUUUUCUUGGUAUAAGUGAAGACAAGUUUCUACAACAACUAGCCAUUGAAGAGCAGUUUGGCAUAACCAUUGAAGAGAAGGAGAUGCAAAAAGAGAAACUAAAUGAGAAAAAGGGGACAGGUGUUGCCAUUGGAUACAAUUAUAAUGAUCCAGGGGCACAACCAUCUUCCUCUAAUGGCCCCGAAGAUAACAAAGCAGAAAAUAAGGAUUCUGAUGAUGAAUCAGACUUGGAGAUCAUUGAUGUUGAUCUUAGCAUUGAUGUUAAUAAGAUGGAGGCUUCUCAGGCUCACGAGUUGAACGCAGUGGGGCCACACUUUGGCAUGACGGGGUGCGAUCUGUUCUCGUUCUUAACUGGAGACGCGGAUGAUGCUGAACAUCAAAAACAGUUGUUGCGUGAAGAAAAGGAAAAGGCUUUGUUCUCUGGCAGAAAGAGUCGGAGGGAGAGACGCGCGCAUCGCGAUAAAAGACUGCCAACUAUACCAACAAGUCCACCAAGCUAUGCAGCGCCCAGUAUCAAAACAAAUACAGAAACCGAAUCACCUGGACCAUCAGUAUCUCGUUCACCAUCUCCGGAAGUCGAGAACAUAGAGUUUAUCACAUCUUUUGGCCCUGAGGAUGAAGAAAGGCCUCCGCCACUUCCAAAGCCGCUAUAUUCGGAAAAACUGAAGAAAAAUUUAAAGAAAAAUCUUCUGUAUUCAGAAGUCGUACGCAAGGGUAAAUCAAGGUCAAGGUCACAGGAUAGCGACGUUCCAAUGGGACCAAGGCAGCUGGACUCGAGGUCGAGGUCCCGCUCCAUUUCACGAUCGCGCUCCAAGUCGCGGUCGAAGUCACGGUCACGCUCCAAGUCACGGUCACGUUCACGGUCAUCACGGUCACGGUCACGGUCAAGGUCGGGAUCGCGAUCCCGGUCCAAAUCUUCGUCCUAUCGCCGCUCCCGUUCGAGGUCGAAGCCGCGCAGUUACAGGCGACGGUCGAGGAGCAAUUCAAAUUACGGUUCUGGCUAUGCAAAACGUAACAGGUCGAGAUCGAUGUCGUUUGAGAGCGGUGAAAAGAGUAAACAGAAGGCGGUCCCGCGCUACUACGGGCGGCGUAAAGAAGACAAGUCUUCAAGCGAGCUUUCCCUUGACUCCGAGUCCAGCGAUACUGAAAAUGUCAAGUACGACUCAUCGGUUGGCACUAAAUCAAAGACAAACCAGAAUCAGUUACGAUUAACUGGAUCCAGCUCCAAAGGAACUACGCGUGAAGGACUCACGAUGAAGGAAAGGCUCAAAAGAAAAAUGCAAGCUCAACUUGCAAGGCAAUUGCGCGCAGACAAGCGUGCGGAAGCGGAACGCAUGGAGCGGGAGAUUCGCCGGCAAGAGCGACGCGACGAAGAGAUGAGAGAAUUAGCUAUUAAAUUGCGGCGCAGACAACGUGAAAUGCGGCAUCAGCAGAACCGCCGGUCUAGCGAUAGCGAUUCGGAUUCAAGCAAAAGUGCCCCUUCGCCACGAAAUUCACCACCGAAACGCCGACAAGAGCGUCAAGAGCGCAGCAAAACGCGCAGCAGGUCCCCGGAGAAGCGAAUACAAGUCUGGGAGUCUGACGAGUUAUCCCCAUACAGGCAGAAGUACCAAGAGAUAGAUCCAGCCAAACGUAGGUACCAAGAGAACGAUGACCGAGAUGACCACUAUAGGUAUAGACGAGACAGGUACAAUAGCAGACCACGUAGAGGUGCAUACAGGGGUGGGAGACAAGAUGACGGACGGAGAGACGAUGAAACUGAAGGAUCUAGUCGGAGAGUCAAAUUGGUAGAUUAUUAGUUAUUUAGUACAACGGGAGCCAAUGAGCAAGUAAAGCAGGAUAUUAAUUUGUGAUGUAGAUAUGCCAUACAACUUGAUAUGUAUGUUUGCGUAGUGUAAAAGAAAUACAGUAAAUUUGUAUGUAUUGUAACAGCUCGCCUUAGUUAUAAGUUUUUAUAAUAAGUAAUUCUUUUUUCUCUGGACAUAACAGUCUAUUAAAAUAUUUAUUCACUAUAUCUUAUUACAUUUUUGUAAAUCAAUUUAGGCAUAUUACAUUUUUAUGCUCAUUACUUACUGAAUUAUUUGUGUAAGUGAAAAGAAAUAUUUCUUUAAUAAAAUUUAAUUUAUUUAAUUAUUCAAAUUGUAUUAACGUUUAUAAUUCGUAUCUGAUAUUACGUUCCAAGUAAAGUGCUUAUAAAGAAAACAACUCUCAAUGCAAUGCCAUCAAUACAUAUUAUUUAUUUAUAUUUUAUGCAUAUGUAUUUAGUUUUAAAUACAUCGAAUUCUUUAGUUUCCACCCUUUAUUUAAUAUCCUGAAGUCUUCCUCUCCAAGACUUAAUAAUCAAUAAGCAGCUAUUUUCAACGAUAUUCUGUUGUAGCGACACCUCGCUCUGAAUCAAGCAAUCAAAAUGUUUCGCUACAGAGCUAUAUAUAUACAACUUUCCGACAUCAUCCAUUGGGGCCUUCACGGCCGGCCAGUCGAGUAGACUGGUCGAGGAUCCUCCCUUUUUCGAUGGAGGAAUUCCACCUUCCUUCCUCCACACUGUAAUAUAAAAUGGGCUUAAAGCCUGCAGUAUGUAAUAUGUUAACAAAAUGUGUAUGUCAAUGUGUAUGGAUUGUUUUCAAUUUCAUUUUUUUUUUUAUGUAUUAAGAGUGCGUAUUAUUACGAUGUAAGCUUUUUACUUAAAUUUAAAUAAAGAAGUAUUAAAUUCGAAGAAAAAAGGUGGAUUUCUAUCAAAAAGCAAGUAUAACGAUUUGUAAGAAUGUUCUGUUACAUUCCGCCCAAAUACUCGUAAAUUUGCACUCUAACAAUUAUUUAUUGAAUAUUUUAUGACUGCUCAUUAUUUAUCUAAAUAAAUAACAAUAGUUCUGUAGUCCAGUCAUUUUAGGCAUGUUAAACUCCCACUGGUAAAUUCAUAGCAAGCUGAAUUUUUAAAUACCUUAAAUUACGGCGUUGUAGACAAAUUUUCUAGGUGAAUUUUUGGAUAGUUCUCGUUUAAUUUUUUUAAAGUUAUUCUUGUCAUUUUACUCAUCAGGUAAAGUCGGCUUUCGAUAUCAAUAUAAAGUUUUUUGAUAUCUGCAAUAGUUUCGGAAUAAUCGUCUGUGCACACUUAACGAUUACACCCUGUAUAUAUAAGUUUAUAAAUUAUUUAGCCUGCACGAUUUUAAUGUCAAUUCUAUACAUCUUCAUUACAAGGCUUUUCGGUGUAGGUAAACAAAAAUUCAGCUUACCAGAACAUUUUCCGCAGUUGAAACCUACAAUGACUGGACUUUUAAGGCAAUAAAAUAAAACAUUUAUUA